AUGAUGACAGCUGACAAUCACACCUUUUUUGCCCCCAUGACCUACAUCCUGACCGGCAUCCGGGGUACGGAGGAGUCUCAUGUCUGGACCUCCAUCCCCUUCUGUCUGAUGUACAUUGUGACACUUUUUGGGAACUCUCUCCUACUAUUCAUCAUACUAACACAACGAAGCCUCCACCAGCCCAUGUAUCUAUUCGUGUCCAUGCUGGCUGCUGCUGAUCUGCUGUUAUCUACCACGGCAGUGCCCAGGAUGAUGGCUGUAUUCUGGUUUAGAGCAGGGGAAAUUUCUUUUGCUGCCUGCCUGACCCAGAUGUUUUUCAUCCAUGUCAGUUUUAUGGCCGAGUCGGCCAUCCUCCUGGCUAUGGCGUUUGAUCGGUACGUUGCCAUCUGCGACCCCUUGAGAUACACUUCUGUGAUAACCAAGUCUGUGACAAGGAGGAUGGGGCUGGCAGUUAUCACAAGAAGUUUCUGUAUCGUUUUCCCCGUCAUCUUUCUAGUGAAGCAGCUGAAUUUCUGCAGAACCAACCGCCUGCCUCACACCUAUUGUGAGUACAUGACCAUAGCCCGGCUGGCCUGCGACGACAUUACAGUCAAUUUCUGGUAUGGUAUAGUUGUGGCUAUUUUAGUAAUUAGUUUAGAUGCUGUGCUCAUUGCUGUAUCUUAUGGGCUCAUCCUCAGGGCUGUUUUCCAGCUCCCCUCCAAGGACUCCUGGCUCAAGGCUCUCCACACCUGCGGCUCCCACCUCUGUGUCAUACUGAUGUUCUACACAUCAGGCUUUUUUCUCAUUUUUGCACACCGAUUUGGGCACAUCAUUCUAGGUUAUAUUCUCAUCCUACUGUCCCAGCUCUAUGUGCUCAUUCCCCCCAUAUUAAACCCCCUCUUUAUGGGUUGA